CAAAACGUUAAAUAGGCUAGGCUCACCUAGCUAGGCUCCGCAUUGUGCUUGUGCACAUAACUCAGUCUGCGUCAGUGACAGAAGCUAUUACUGUGCGUAGCUCGUGUCUUUAGCGUGAAUAUACGGUGCAAGAUGCAGCUGUAUCUCGUACUGAUACUUCUGUUGUCCGCAACAUGUGGAUCGCUAGCUGAGCUGUGUUACCAGUGCGACUCAACGCUUCACGGGAACUGUGCAGACCCGUUUGAUGGCUCAGGCAUUCACCAGACUGCAUGCCCCUAUGGCUGUCAGAAGGUGAAAGAGGAAUACAAAGAGGCAACGGGAAGAAUCACCCGUGGCUGUGUUGUAGCAACAGUGGCUGACCAUGGCUGCAGCGAGACUAAAAAACCUGACAGUGGAGUCUCUGAUGCAUAUUGGUGCACCUGUGAGGGCGAACUGUGCAACCAUGCCCCAAGGCCCUCCAGUAGCCAAAUUCCUCUGUUCAUGGGCCUCGCAGCCAUCUUACUGAUGAGGAUACUGUUUUAAGUCAUUUUGAAUUUCUUUUCAAUGAUAAUGAAAUUAACAAAGUUGAUUAAUUAGUCAUCUGGAAACAAUUGUUUAUUCUACAAGAAAAGCAAAAAUGAUAUUUGAAAGUUUUGAAAACUUAUUUUGGGCUGUGUUAUAAAGGGAAGCUUUUGUGAGAAACUAAAAAUUGAUGAAUCUUGCAAAAAAUGAAAUAUUGGCCUAAGUGAGGUGUUUUGAAACUUGUAAGUAAUUUCCGUAAUUGAAUUUCAGGGUAAAUUGUUGCAUAAUACAUGUACAGUUUUGCGUGCCAAAAUUAUGCAAAAAGGCUGUGUCAAAAGUCAACUCUCCUUUUGUAGAACAUGGACAUUGAUCAGUUUCUUUGCUGUUUUGCUAUUCGGUCUUAGAAUUAUAAUGUGUAUUUGGUUAUAAAGAGAUAGGAACAUUUCUGUACAGUCUUUACAGCUGCUACAGAGAUCAAAUUAUCAAGCAAUUUAACACAGGCAUAUAACAGAAUGUAAUUUGUCCAGCCAUAUGAAAAAAGUAGUUUUGAAUUGUGAAUAAUUUUAUAGAAUUCAGUUAAUUUUUUAUCUUGAAACUUGUAAUAAAAUGAUAGUGUGAUUUAAAAUACAGACUUCUUUCUAUUGUCCCACAAAAAAGUAAAAAAUAUGGGCACUGUUGGAAAUGCCAUAGCAAUCAACAACCAAGUAAUACCAUCAUAUGAUAUUAGGAAGGGUUAUAUUUUGAAUAAGUAUAGAAAAGAGAUUAUCAAAGUGUGUAUUUUGAUUCAUCCAGUGGAUUUAAAAUAAAAAGAAAUGUAUAUGAGAUUUAAUUUCCUUUCUUUAUUGAAGUAAGAUACCAUAUAUGCAUAUAUACUUUACUCACAGCAUUUAGUUUAGGCUCUUUUAGUUAAAUGCAGAUAUUUAUUCUCAAUAAUGCACAGGUCAGCAGGUUCACUGACAAAUGUACAAUGCUGUUUGCGAACUAUAAGAAAUCAUGAGUGAAAGAUGAUCUGAUACCUUUUGGUGCAUACAAUAUGGCCAAAAUUACAUGUCAACUAGGACAUGCGAAUGUCCCAUACUAUAAGUGGAUAUCUUGUUUUGAUUAUGUCACAUGAUCUUGUUUCACCACUGUACAUGGCUCCCUCUGCUAAAAAAAAGUGGAAGCCGUAUUGUAUCAGAUCACCUUUCUCUCAUGAUUUGUUUUAGUUUCAUGGUAAUUUCAACAUUAUAUUACCCUUCUGUUAUGUUUGUGUUUGUAUUUUCAUUUUGGCAGUUACUUUAAUUGUCAUACAUUGUGAGUUGUUAUUCCACAGUAUCAGAAAUUACAAUAUUUAAAAGUUUUCUAUCCCUUUUGUUAAAUACAACUAAGGGACGAUUAUAUAUCAGAGGUGCAAGGUAUUGUCAAAGGAAAUUCAUUUGUGAUGCAUUUAUAUUCUAAAUGCAAUUUUAAUGUCUUCGCAAUGCAUGCAUUAAUUGAUAUGUGAAACACACUUCAAGUGUUAUGCUGGUUUUUGUAUAGAUGUAUGAAGCAUUUAAUACUAUUUUAUAUUUUUGCAUUUUCUACACAAUUUUGUAACUUUUAAGACUUCCCUUUUGCUUAUGGUUGGUGGUACUUUAGUAUUGAUAGCUUGUAACCAGUUUGGCAAUUUUCACCACAAAUAUGUGGCUGUCACAGCAUCAGCUUGAAUAAAUAAUAUUCAUCCUGGAAUAUUUUUGAAGUUACAGCAUUGUCUCACGAGGUUACAUUAUAGAGUUGUUAAAAAUCAUUACAUAUUGAACCACCUUAAGGGUUAUGGCAUAGCUAUUUAUAAUAGUGUGUUGCAUAUGUAUAGCAAUAAAUUGAAAUCAAAAUAUUAUAAAAAUAUCCGUAUAAUUUUUUUGAGACUAAAUCUAUCACUAUGAAGUUUUUACUAAGAGAACUGGCUUUAUACAGAUAGUUGAGAUUUAUCUCAAAUUAUAGAGUAAAUUUAUGGAAUAAGAAAUAUUUGUUACACUUUGGCUUUAUAAUAUUGUGUAUAAUGUUGUGUAUUAACAGUUUUCUGCUUUGUUUUCUUUAGUAUGUGAUAAAAAGGACAGCCACAUACAUUGUGGUGCAAGCAUUGUUAUGUAACUGUAGCUAAAUAACACUAAAAUGUAAUUAUUUUCAAUUACUAAAGCUUGUUGUGUAUCAGUAUUACUGUUUUACCAUAAAGAGACAUUAUGCAGAGUUGUCAUUGGCCUAAGUCUUCCCUUUAUUUGCCAUACCAUUGCCCAGAAACACAUUGCUUCAUUUAUACGUGUUAUGAAAUAGCUACCCCUGCUUUGAAAAUGCAUUUUGACAUGCAGUGAAAAUGCAAUUUAUCCUUGUAACUGUUCCCUAAGUUUAAGUCAAGUGGAAAACAGUGUGGUCUGAAAUGAAAUGAAUAACAUAUUGGCCAUUUCCCAGUUUAAAACUACACACACAGGACAAUAGAAGUGUCACCCUACUGAACCAAUACUUUGGGGGAGAUAAAUGACUGUGGAAUGAUAUGC